UCUCCUUACGAGGAGCGAAUCACAUCAUCGCUGUGCCUCAUGUUGCUUAGUUCCAAUUUCAUUUCUGUAACCUUUCUUUUAGGAACACUGCAGCAACGGAUUAUUGGUGGCAAGGAGGUUGAGCCAUACUCGCUCAAAUACCAGGCGUCCAUUCAGUACAACAAUGGCCACUACUGCGGUGGCACCCUCAUUCAUGCUCAGUGGGUCGCGUCUGCUGCCCAUUGCUGGAGACCGACCAAUCUAAUCAAAGUGGUUUUAAGCGAGCACAGCCUUACUCGUGAAGAAGGAUUCGAGCAAGAGUACAAUGUAUCCAGAGCAAUUGUACAUUACAACUUCAACUUCAAGACGUUCAACCACGACAUAAUGCUCAUAAAGCUGAGCCGCCCCGCAAGCCUCAACGCCAACGUGCAGCCGGUAUCCCUGCCUUCUGCCAGCGCUCUCCCGCUGUCCGGGGGGAGCGUCUGCACAGUCAGCGGCUGGGGAGUGACCCAGAUCUACAGCUACCAUCUCUCCCCGGAGCUGCGAGCCGUCGAUGUCGAGAUCAUUCCUAACUGCCAGUCCUUCUACUACUGGAGGAUAACGGAAAACAUGGUUUGCGCAGGUUCCCCUAACGGAGGCAAGGACUCCUGUCAGGGCGACUCGGGAGGCCCUCUCGUUUGCAACGGCAACUUCGAAGGCAUCGUCUCGUGGGGCGUCAGCUGCGCUAACCCGUCUUACCCUGGUGUAUACACUAAAGUGAGGAACUAUAUUUCAUGGAUUGAGUACAUGAUUAAUAGCGACAGCUCCAACUGA